UUAAGCAGCCGGAACCGGAACACCACCACCCUGCCUCCGCCUCGUGCCACUCCCUAAUAGCCACUCACUGGUCGGUCGUCGCUCCCGCUCCACGCACGCGCAGACAUGGGAAACACCGUGCCGCCGCGCGGGACCGGGGGGAGGCGUCCCAAGAACGUCGUCGCCGAGGUGGCGGCUGCUGCGGCGCCGAGGCGCGUGCUCGUCACGCCGCGGCGGGACGACGUCGAGGAGGAGGAGGAAGUGACGCGGCCGGGGCGUCUUCGUGGAGGAGUUCCACGGGCACGUGGCGGCGGGGCUGACGACGUCAGCAGCGCCCCGUCCGGCGGGGUGGUGAUGGUGAAGAUCGUGAUGACGAGGAAGGACGCGGAGGCGCUGGUGGCGAGGCUGAACGCGCAGAGCGCGAGGGAGCGCAAGGCCAGGAUGGCCGAGCUGAAGGGCGAGCUCCGGGCCGGGGCCGGCCGCGGCGGCGCGAGCCCGGCGUCGAGCCGGGACGCGUGGAGGCCCGGGCUCGCACCGAUACAGGAGAAUUAAUCAUCGUGCGUACCACUAGUUUGAGUGACGGAGAUCAGUUAGAAGCAACUUGUUAGCAAGUGUCCUGGUUGUGGACUUGUGGUUUCAGUAGUUAGGGAGUGUACAUAUAUAUGGUUGGUCGGUCACCCGGCUAUGUAUACAUGCAGUGGAAAGAGGUGGCAACUAGUUAGAUCAGCAGACAUAUUUUCCCCACUAUUCA